AUGGCUGCCUCUAAGCUCAUAGCCACUGCCUUGAUCGUUUUGCUUGCCUUGGACCUCGCAUUUGCGGCUCGAGUAGUGCCCGAUGGGCUCUUCGGCAGAGGCGGAGGGCGGGGUGUUGGCGGAGGUGGAGGAAGGGUUCUUGGACGAGGUUCCGGAUACGGUUCUGGUUAUGGUUCUGGCGAGGGUGAGGGAUAUGGUGGGAUUGAAGGAGGAGGUGGCGGCGGCGGCAGAGGAGGGGGUGGAGGAGGAGGUGGUGGCUCUGGGGGUUCCGGCUAUGGCUCGGGAUACGGGUCUGGGUACGGGUCUGGUGGCGGAAAAGGUGGCGGCGGAGGUGGCGGCAGAGGUGGAGGCGGAGGUGGCGGGGGUGGUUCAGGGGGUUCUGGUUAUGGCUCUGGCUAUGGCUAUGGUGAAGGAGGUGGCUACGGAGAAGGGGGGGGGGCAGAGGCGGUGGCGGGGGUGGCGGUGGUGGGGGUGGAGGAGGAGGAGGAGGAGGGGGCAGGUAUGGAGGUUCCGGCAACGGCAGUGGAUCUGGGUAUGGUUCAGGCCACGGUGGUGGCUACGGUGGUGGGGAUAUACGUGGACGGACCGGGGGUAUGUGGCGCAAAGACUCAGUGGAAAAUGGGCAGCCGAACAAAGAGAUGGGCCGAGGCAUGUGUGUGGCCCUUUAUUCCAUUUCGUGAAUGCAGCAGGGCAACAUCUAGUGAAACGCAAGAGAAUGAAGAUAUACUUCUAAUUACUGCAUUGGAUGAAGCACUAAAAAUGCCCUUCCCCAUGGAUCUUAUACUCUGUUUUGAAAAGAAUUCCUAUAAGAUCGCUCCCACUGGAGCCCAACAAGACAGAUGCUGCCCCGUCUCCCACUACAACAUUCAGACAUCCCAACGCAUCACUAGUAUGGGAUUUACGUAG